UUCGUAUAUGCAACUUUUUCAAGAAACUUUCGUCGCCUGUCAUUAGAAUAAGUGAUAUGGAAAGUCUUGAGGCUGAUGUAGCUGAAACCUUGAGCCUUCUUGAGGCUUUAUUCCUUCCUUCUUUUUUUGAUAUUAUGGUACACUUGAUGGUGCAUCUUCCUGCUCAAGCAAGAAUAGCUGGUCCAGUCCAUUUUCGUAGCAUGUGGCCUGUAGAGAGAUUUUUGAUGAGAUUGAAGGGUUCUGUUCAUACAAAAAGCCAUCCUGAGGGAUCAAUUAUGGAGUGGUCUAUGUUUACUGAGUGCCUUACAUUUUGUUCUCGCUAUUUACAUGAGACUCAAUUUAGCCGCCAAUUUAGAGAUGAUGAAGACAAUAGUAUUACUCCUUUCUUCCGUAGCCUUGGUCGAGGAUUGGCUGGAAAGUGUAUAGUGAGUUUGGACCACAAGACAUGGCUGCAAGCCCAUAGAUAUGUUCUGUUCAACUAUGCCAACAUAGGAUCUUAUUUGGACAAGCAUGCUCACUAUCUAUCCUCCAUUGGUCUUCGAAAUAAACGAGACAUCAAUCGUACACAACAUGAAUCCUUUCAUGAAUGGUUUAGGUUGCACGUAGAAGAAAGGUGCGAGGAAGAACCAGAAGAGAUUAAAAUUUUAGCGAAGGCUCCAAUGAUGAGUGCACAUAAGUAUAGUAGCUACACAAUAAAUGGAUUCAAUUUCCACACAGAGUCAUAUGAUGAGGGUAGAUCUGUUCAAAAUAGUGGGGUUGCUUUAGUUGCUGAGUCAACCAGCUUUGAUAGGGGCAAUAAUGAUAAUACUAUAAUAGGAAACAAGCCCUAUUAUGGUAUUAUAAAGGAAAUUCUUGAACUAAAUUAUCACCACAAAGGAAAUGUGGUGCUUUUCAAGUGUGAUUGGGUUGACAACCGUGUGCAGGACAAAUGGGUCAAAACAGAUCAAUUUGGGAUCACAAGUGUCAACUUUAAGCAUUUAUUCAACACAGGUGAAAAGUUGUCAGAUGAGCCCUUCAUACUUGCAUCACAAGCUAUUCAAGUAUACUAUGUUCCGGACCCAAUUGAUAAGGAGUGGGCUGCUGUUGUUCAGUCCAAGCCAAGAGAUGUGUAUGACUUUGAUAAUUUGGAGGACGAGCACAUAGAUAAUGAUAAUGGACUAGUUGUGCAAUUGUCUGACCUUAAUGCAAGUGUAACUGUGGAUAUUGUUAAUGGGACUAUCCCUACUAUUAGAACAGACAUUGAUGGUACACUUGUUGAUCCCAAAAAAACUAAAAAAUAGUCUAUAAAAAGGAGAAAUGCCAAACGCAAGAGAAAACAAUAAAGGUGGCCUCACCGAGUACGAGCAGAAGCGUAAAGCAAUUAUUGCAGACAAUAAAAGGAGGCUGGAAGCUCUCAAAAUCCCUUCUUUGAGCUCUGAGGGCCGGCAAGCUCCUACAAGGAAAAGAACAAAGAGAACUCAUAACAAAAGUGAUGCAGCAAGUGAAGGUCAUAAUCUGCGCCCGAGGCCAAAAAGGAACAAGGUUGAGAUUGCACAUGAAGAGCACAUUGAUGAAGAUCUUGGUUAUGACUCAACUGGAGGAUUCUUAUCUGACAACGAAGAUGUUGUCAACAGUCCACAAAAUAAGAGAAAGGGAAGAGGCAUCACUAGAUUGGAUGACAUAUGUGCAAGACCACCAAGCAUGGGUAAAAUCAAAAUAAUGCUUAAUGAAUAUGGUCAGCCCAUUGGAGAUAAUUCUAGGAGGUUUUCUAGUUUCAUUGGCUGUCAGGUGAGGAACAUAAUUUCAGUAGCAUGUGUUGAUUGGAGGCUUGUGGAUGCUGAAAAGAAAUAUGAAGUAUGGACUAUCAUAAAGGCAUGCUAUGAUGUCGACGAUGCUGCCUUUAAGUGGUUUAUGGACACUGCUGGGAAGAAAUGGAAGGAAUGGAAGUCAACCUUGAAGAAGCUAUAUUUUAGUGGAAAACUAACUGAUGA